UUGAUUCCCAAGCUAAGGCCCAAGAAAGCUAGAGCGAGCGAGCGAGCGAGAGUCAAUAUCGCUAUAAGCAAAGCAAAUAGGCAGUGAAGCUCGAGGAAGCCAUGGCCGGUGAAGCGAGCUCAGUGGUCUCUGAUCUCGUCAAUUUCCUGAACGCUUCGCCAACUGCUUUCCAUGCCGUCGAUGAGGCAAAGAAGCUUUUGAAAAGGGCGGGGUAUGAGCAAGUCUCAGAGAGGGAGGAUUGGAGAUUGGAGGUCGGGAAGAGAUAUUUCUUCACGCGGAAUCACUCCACGAUUGUCGCUUUCGCGAUCGGUAAAAAGUAUGUUGCUGGAAAUGGAUUCCAUAUAGUUGGUGCUCAUACUGAUAGUCCUUGUCUGAAGCUGAAGCCUGUUUCAAAGGUAACCAAAGUUGGGUAUUUGGAGGUUGGAGUCCAAACAUAUGGGGGUGGCUUGUGGCAUACUUGGUUUGAUCGUGACCUAACAAUUGCGGGUAGGGUGAUAAUUAGAGAAGAAAAAGAUGGUUCUGUUUCGUACUCACAUCAUCUUGUUAGAGUUGAGGAGCCCAUCAUGCGGAUUCCAACCCUGGCGAUUCACUUGGACAGGGGCGUUGAUGGAUUCAAGGUCAACACACAGAGUCAUCUUCUUCCUGUCUUGGCAACAUCAAUUAAGGCAGAGCUCAAUAAAGUGGUUGCUGAAAAUGGUCCAGCUGAAAGUGGAGUUCAGACUGAUGGAAAGAAAACUAAUCAAAGUACUACCACUACUAGUUCAAAGCAUCACUCCCUCUUAUUACAGCUCAUUGCAAGUCAGGUUGGCUGUAAACCAGAUGAUAUAUGUGAUUUUGAAUUACAAGCAUGUGAUACUCAACCAAGUAUUGUGGCUGGUGCGGCAAAGGAAUUCAUUUUCUCAGGGCGGCUUGAUAAUCUCUGCAUGUCAUAUUGCUCUUUAAAGGCAUUGAUAGAUGCUACAUCUUCUGAAAGCAGUCUUGAGGAUGAGACUGGUGUUAGAAUGGUGGCCUUGUUUGAUCAUGAGGAGGUUGGAUCCAACUCAGCCCAAGGUGCUGGGUCUCCUGUCAUGCUAAAUGCUUUAUCACGAAUUACAAGUUCGUUUGGUUCAGAUUCUAAGCUGCUUGAGAAAGCGAUUCAGAGGAGUUUCCUUGUAUCUGCUGAUAUGGCACAUGCAUUACACCCUAAUUAUACGGAAAAACAUGAAGAUAAUCAUCAGCCCAAGUUGCAUGGAGGGCUUGUCAUUAAAAACAAUGCAAAUCAACGCUAUGCAACCAAUGCAGUCACUUCCUUCAUAUUCAGAGAGAUAGCAACCAAUCAUAACCUUCCUAUGCAGGAUUUUGUGGUUCGCAAUGACAUGGGAUGUGGUUCAACCAUUGGUCCGAUCCUUGCAAGUGGUGUGGGGAUACGUACAGUUGAUGUUGGCGCACCACAGCUAUCAAUGCACAGUAUACGAGAGAUGUGUGCUGUAGAUGACGUGAAGCAUUCGUAUGAGCAUUUCAAAGCCUAUUAUCGUGAAUUCUCUCAACUUGACACAAAGAUUACGGUUGACAUAUAGGCCUCUCUUCGUCUUUAGCUGUUCCAAAUGCCCAUGUAGGUUCUCUCUCUAAACACACCCAAAACAUGGCUGUCAUGUAAUACGUGAAACAAUGUUGCAUCAACUGGAAUGUUGUGGUGGAUCUGCCAAAUGCUUGACCAUUGUAUGCUAUCAAUGAUUCUCCAUUCCAUUAGAUGUGUAGCUAGUGGAAGCAUUCUCAUUAUGUUUUUACCUCCGUGACCGUGGUUCACUGGUUCCUGUUAGUGAUCUCAUCCCCUACUUUUCAGUU